CAUCCCCACCAAACCAUCGAAAGCGAACGAACAGAACCCAAAACAGCCAGCGAGAAUACCACCCGCGACACUAGAGCCAUCAAGGUUGAUAUUGUCCAGCGGAACACGAUCGAACUAAAGGAGAAUACCAAUGCCAGGCAUGCAGCCAGCGCCGCCUUUAAGGAAGAUUAG